CCAGCAACAGUUAAAGAAUCUUCAAGCAGCUUUGGGCAGUAGACUGGAAGAAUCUUUAUGCAUAAUCAAUGAAAAAGUACCUUUUAAUGACACAAGAUCGAAUCGAUACAAUGCUCUGAAUGUACCGUUACACAACAGAAGAUAUCAGCUGAAGUUGCGAGACCUUGCUGGCCAGGCACUAGCUUUCGUUCAAGAACUUGUAACAGCUCUUUUGAACUUCCAUACAUACACUGAGCAGAAGGUACAGAUCUUUCCCAUUGAUUCUGCAACAGACACUAUAUCGCCGUUAAAUCAGAAGUUCUCACAGUAUCUUCAUGAAAAUGCUUCAUAUGUUCGCCCUCUGGAGGAAGGAAUGCUUCACUUGUUUGAGAGUAUUACAGAAGAUACUGUGACAGUCCUGGAAACAGCUGUGAAAUUGAAAGCCUUCUCAGAACAUUUAGCUUCAUACUUACGCUUUUUAAGAAAGAUUCUUCCGUAUCAGUUAAAAAGUUUGGAAGAAGAGUGUGAGUCUUCUCUUUGCACAGCUGCUUUAAGAGCUAGAAAUAUGGAGCUCCACAGAGACAUGAAAAGGUUGACUGCAGUCUUUGAGAAGCUACACACAUACGUUAGUCUUCUUGCGUUACCAAGUACAAAACCAGAAGGACUGCUAAGAACAAAUUACAAUGUGGUGUUUACAAAUAUUGCUGCAAGUCUUCAUGGAUUUCAUGACAUUUUAAAAGAUAUUGCCAAGCACUACAGUCAAAAAGCUACUUUAGAACAAGACGUUCCAACUGCCACACAGAAACUCAUAACUACAAAUGACUGUAUUUUGUCCUCUGUUGUGGCUUUAACAAAUGGAGUGGGCAAGAUUGCCUCGUUCUUUAGCAACAACUUGGAUCACUUUACUGCUUCAUUGAGCUAUGGCCCUAAAGGAGGAACAGAGUUCAUCAACCCUGUCUCAGCUGAGUGUAUGCUGCAGUACAAGAAAAAGGCGGUUGCCUACAUGAAGUCUUUGAAGAAGCCUUGUGCAGAGUCAGUGCCUUAUGAAGAGGCUUUGGCCAAUCGCAGAGUUCUUCUGAGUUCCACAGAAAGUAGAGAAGGUCUUGCACAACAGGUCCAGCAGAGCUUGGAGAAAAUUGCAAAACUUGAACAAGAAAAAGAACACUGGAUGCUAGAGGCCCAGCUAGCUAAAAUAAAGCUAGAGAAAGAAAACCAAAAACUGAAGAACUCUCUUAGUGGACAUUUAACUGAAAGUAUACAAGAGUGUUCUGCUUUGACAAAUGCAGCUGAACAAAAGAAGGAAACCACAGAGAAGAGUCCAAGGGAACCUAUUAAAAGUACUAGUCUUAUUGGAAUGUUGACAACAACUAUUGAUAAUGAAAAGGCUCCAGAUGUUGAGUCUCGUGAAGACCUGAUAAAAAACCACUAUAUGGCAAGGAUAGCAGAACUUACAUCUCAUCUGCAGCUGGCUGACAGCAAAUCGGUACACUUUCACGCUGAGUGUCGAGCACUUGUCAAAAGACUGUCUUUAGCAGAGAAGUCCAAGGAAUCGCUCACAGAAGAGUUGAAACUAGCUAGUCAAAACAUCAGUAGGUUACAGGAUGAAUUGAUGACAACCAAGAGAAGUUAUGAGGAUCAGUUAAGCAUGAUGAGUGACCAUCUCUGCAGUAUGAAUGAAACCUUAACUAAGCAAAGGGAAGAAAUUGAUACGCUGAAGAUGACUAGUAAGGGAAAUUCUAAAAAGAACAAAAAUCGAUAGCUUACAGAUAAUCAACUCUUUGGAAGCUGCUGCUGCACGGGAUGCAGAUCGUGAACAUUCAUUGUGCAAUUCCUGUUUUUUACCGGAAGCAGAGGUGGUAUUGGGUCUAGUGAAAACUAAUUUGGUGCUGUAAAUGGCUUUAAAAUAUUUAGAACUUGUAACAGAUAAAACAGAACUUAAUGUUGUCUCUAAACCAGGAAAUACACUCUGUGGAUAAUUUAUAUAGUAAUUACCUUCAGUUUUUACUGUGCACUUUUUAAAACCAGGUUUUAAUUUCAUGUAGUAACUUCAGAUU